CUGCCACUGCAACCACUCCCACGCGGCGGCGCUGCGCAGGCGCAGAAGCCCGGAACCUCCGCGCGGAGCUUCCGGGCCCAACCGGACCCAGUUCGCCGCCGUCCCGGUCCCCCUCGAGUGGGCUCCAACUGCCAGCCGGGGUUGGCGCCAUGUACGCGGUGUACAAACAGGCGCAUCCGCCCACGGGCCUGGAAUUCUCCAUGUACUGUAACUUCUUCAACAACAGCGAGCGCAACCUCGUGGUGGCCGGGACCUCGCAGCUCUACGUGUACCGCCUCAACCGCGACGCCGAGGCUCUGACCAAGAAUGACAGGAGCGCAGAGGGGAAGGCCCACCGGGAGAAGCUCGAACUCGCCGCCUCCUUCUCCUUCUUUGGCAAUGUCAUGUCCAUGGCCAGCGUGCAGCUGGCGGGAGCCAAGCGGGAUGCCCUGCUCCUGAGCUUCAAGGAUGCCAAGCUGUCAGUGGUAGAGUAUGACCCGGGCACCCACGACCUGAAGACCCUGUCGCUGCACUACUUUGAGGAGCCUGAGCUUCGGGAUGGGUUUGUGCAGAAUGUACACACACCACGCGUGCGGGUGGACCCCGAUGGGCGCUGCGCAGCCAUGCUCGUCUACGGCACACGGCUGGUGGUCUUGCCCUUCCGCAGGGAGAGCCUGGCCGAGGAGCAUGAGGGGCUCGUGGGUGAGGGGCAGAGGUCCAGCUUCCUGCCUAGCUAUAUCAUCGACGUGCGGGCCCUGGACGAAAAGCUACUCAACAUCAUCGACCUGCAGUUCCUGCACGGCUACUACGAGCCCACCCUGCUCAUCUUGUUCGAGCCCAACCAGACCUGGCCCGGGCGUGUAGCUGUGCGGCAGGACACGUGCUCCAUCGUGGCCAUCUCACUGAACAUCACACAGAAGGUGCACCCUGUCAUCUGGUCCCUCACCAGCCUGCCCUUUGACUGCACCCAGGCUCUGGCCGUGCCCAAGCCCAUAGGUGGGGUGGUGAUCUUUGCCGUCAACUCGCUGUUGUACCUGAACCAGAGUGUCCCCCCGUAUGGUGUGGCUCUCAACAGCCUCACCACAGGCACCACGGCUUUCCCACUGCGCACCCAGGAGGGUGUGCGGAUCACCCUGGACUGUGCCCAGGCCACCUUCAUCUCCUACGACAAGAUGGUCAUCUCCCUCAAGGGCGGCGAGAUCUACGUGCUGACCCUCAUCACUGAUGGCAUGCGCAGUGUCCGAGCGUUCCACUUUGACAAGGCGGCCGCCAGCGUCCUCACCACCAGCAUGGUCACCAUGGAGCCUGGGUACCUGUUCCUGGGUUCUCGCCUGGGCAACUCCCUCCUCCUCAAGUACACAGAGAAGCUACAGGAGCCCCCAGCCAGUGCCGUACGCGAGGCUGGAGACAAGGAAGAGCCUCCUUCAAAGAAGAAGCGUGUGGAUGCCACGGCUGGUUGGUCAGCUGGGGGCAAGUCGGUGCCACAAGACGAGGUGGACGAGAUCGAAGUCUAUGGCAGCGAGGCCCAGUCAGGCACACAGCUGGCCACCUACUCAUUUGAGGUGUGUGACAGCAUCCUUAACAUCGGACCCUGUGCCAAUGCCGCCAUGGGCGAGCCUGCCUUUCUCUCUGAAGAGUUUCAGAACAGCCCUGAACCAGACCUGGAGAUUGUGGUUUGCUCCGGCCACGGCAAGAACGGGGCUCUGUCCGUGCUGCAGAAGAGCAUCCGGCCCCAGGUGGUGACAACCUUUGAGCUUCCAGGCUGCUAUGACAUGUGGACGGUCAUCGCUCCGGUGCGUAAGGAGGAGGAGGAGAAUCCCAAGGGGGAGGGCACAGAGCAGGAACCCAGCACCCCUGAAGCAGAUGAUGACAGCCGCAGACACGGAUUCCUGAUUCUGAGCCGGGAAGACUCAACCAUGAUCCUGCAGACGGGGCAGGAGAUCAUGGAGUUGGACACCAGCGGCUUUGCCACGCAGGGCCCCACAGUCUUUGCUGGGAACAUUGGGGACAACCGCUACAUCGUCCAAGUGUCACCGCUGGGCAUCCGCCUACUGGAAGGAGUGAAUCAGCUGCACUUCGUCCCUGUGGACCUGGGCGCCCCCAUCGUGCAGUGUGCUGUGGCCGACCCCUAUGUGGUCAUCAUGAGCGCCGAGGGCCACGUCACCAUGUUUCUGCUGAAGAGCGACUCCUACGGCGGCCGCCACCACCGCCUGGCCCUGCACAAGCCCCCGCUGCACCAUCAGUCCAAGGUGAUCACGCUGUGCCUGUACCGAGACCUCAGCGGUAUGUUCACCACAGAGAGCCGUCUGGGCGGGGCCCGUGACGAGCUGGGGGGCCGCAGCGGCUCGGAGGCCGAGGGUCUGGGCUCAGAGACGAGCCCCACAGUCGAUGAUGAGGAGGAGAUGCUGUAUGGGGAUUCUGGCUCCCUCUUCAGCCCCAGCAAGGAGGAGGUCCGAAGAAGCAGCCAGCCCCCUGCUGACCGGGACCCUGCACCCUUCCGGGCAGAGCCCACCCACUGGUGCCUGCUGGUGCGGGAGAAUGGCACCAUGGAGAUCUACCAACUUCCUGACUGGCGGCUGGUGUUCCUGGUGAAGAACUUCCCUGUGGGGCAGCGGGUCCUUGUGGACAGUUCCUUUGGACAGCCCACCACACAGGGCGAAGCCCGCAGGGAGGAAGCCACACGCCAGGGGGAGCUGCCCCUGGUCAAGGAGGUGCUGCUGGUUGCUCUGGGCAGCCGCCAGAGCAGGCCCUACCUGCUGGUGCAUGUGGACCAGGAGCUGCUUAUCUAUGAGGCCUUUCCCCAUGACUCUCAACUCAGCCAGGGCAAUCUCAAAGUCCGCUUUAAGAAGGUCCCUCACAACAUCAACUUCCGUGAGAAGAAGCCGAAGCCGUCGAAAAAGAAAGCAGAAGGUGGCAGCACGGAGGAGGGGGCUGGGGCACGGGGCCGCGUGGCACGUUUCCGCUACUUCGAGGACAUUUAUGGCUAUUCAGGGGUAUUCAUCUGCGGCCCCUCCCCUCACUGGCUCCUGGUGACCGGCCGAGGGGCACUGCGGCUGCACCCCAUGGGUAUUGACGGCCCUGUCGACUCUUUUGCUCCAUUUCACAACAUCAACUGUCCCCGUGGCUUCCUGUACUUCAACAGACAGGGUGAGCUGAGGAUCAGUGUCCUGCCUGCCUACCUGUCCUAUGACGCCCCGUGGCCUGUCAGGAAGAUCCCGCUGCGCUGCACAGCCCACUAUGUGGCUUACCAUGUGGAGUCCAAGGUGUAUGCUGUGGCCACCAGCACCAACACGCCGUGCACCCGCAUCCCACGCAUGACUGGCGAGGAAAAGGAAUUUGAGACCAUCGAGAGAGAUGAGCGGUAUAUCCACCCCCAGCAGGAGGCCUUCUCCAUCCAGCUCAUCUCCCCGGUUAGCUGGGAGGCCAUUCCCAAUGCCAGGAUCGAGCUGCAGGAGUGGGAGCAUGUGACCUGCAUGAAGACAGUGUCGCUGCGCAGUGAGGAGACUGUGUCAGGCCUCAAAGGCUACGUGGCCGCUGGGACCUGCCUCAUGCAAGGCGAGGAAGUCACAUGCCGAGGGCGGAUCUUGAUCAUGGAUGUAAUUGAGGUGGUGCCUGAGCCCGGCCAGCCCUUGACCAAGAACAAGUUCAAAGUCCUUUAUGAGAAGGAGCAGAAGGGGCCAGUGACUGCCCUGUGCCACUGCAACGGCCACCUGGUGUCAGCCAUCGGCCAGAAGAUUUUCCUGUGGAGCCUGCGGGCCAGCGAGCUGACAGGCAUGGCCUUCAUCGACACACAGCUUUACAUCCACCAGAUGAUCAGCGUCAAGAACUUCAUCCUGGCAGCCGAUGUCAUGAAGAGCAUCUCGCUCCUGCGCUACCAGGAAGAGAGCAAGACGCUGAGCCUUGUGUCACGGGAUGCCAAGCCCCUGGAGGUGUACAGCGUGGACUUCAUGGUGGACAACGCCCAGCUGGGUUUUCUGGUGUCUGACCGGGACCGCAACCUCAUGGUGUACAUGUACCUGCCCGAAGCCAAGGAGAGUUUUGGGGGCAUGCGCCUCUUGCGCCGGGCAGACUUUCACGUGGGUGCCCAUGUGAACACGUUCUGGAGGACCCCGUGCCGAGGGGCCACUGAGGGGCUCAGCAAAAAGUCGGUCAUGUGGGAGAAUAAGCACAUCACGUGGUUUGGUGAGUGUCGGGGGGCAGGUGUGUCUGGGUUAGGGGGGAGCCCUAAGUUUGGCCUGGCUCACACUGCAACCCCCACAGCCACCCUGGACGGCGGCAUCGGGCUGCUGCUACCCAUGCAGGAGAAGACCUAUCGGCGGCUGCUGAUGCUGCAGAACGCGCUGACCACCAUGUUGCCACACCAUGCAGGCCUCAACCCCCGUGCCUUCCGGAUGCUGCACGUGGACCGCCGCACACUCCAGAAUGCCGUGCGCAAUGUGCUGGAUGGGGAGCUGCUCAACCGUUACCUGUACCUGAGCACCAUGGAGCGCAGUGAGCUGGCCAAGAAGAUUGGCACCACACCUGACAUUAUCCUGGACGACUUGCUGGAGACAGACCGUGUCACUGCCCACUUCUAGCCCCUUGGAUGCCACUGCCACCACCACACUGCACUACCUCCCGCCCCCUCUUUUGUAUAAAACACAAAGAAAACAUUUUUGUUUGA